ACACCUAAGAUGGCCGCCUCCUCCGGUCCUGAGCCGCCAUCUUGGUAGGGUCUCUCCAGUAACCUUCGGCCUUGUAGGGAAAUGGGGAAAAACACCCUGAGGAGAAUGUUCCCCUAAGUCAUCCUGGUCGCCGUGUUCCCCCGCCGGCCCCGCUCCGCCUCAGCGCCUGGACGCCACUCACAAGAUGGCGGCAGGGCAGCGUCGUGACGGAAACGGAAGUGAAGGCGCGCGCAGGGCAGUGUGGGAAGGAGCUUGGUGCGUGCAUGUGGUGUGCAGGCUGCACCCACCAGUAGCCGGGCCGGGAAGGCGUGUGCACUGCUGCCUGGGACUGCUCGUGGGGCUCCCCUGCCCACCGGAGAGCGAGCCGAGCCUGUGGGCCUGAGCGAGCCUACGGGCACCUUCACCCCCCAACAUGGGCAAGAAGGGCAAAGUGGGGAAGAGUCGCCGGGACAAGUUCUACCGCCUGGCCAAGGAGACGGGCUUUCGCUCGCGAUCCUCCUUCAAGCUGAUUCAGCUCAACCGGAAGUUCCAGUUCCUGCCAAAAUCCUGCGCGUUGCUGGACUUGUGCGCGGCCCCUGGGGGCUGGCUGCAGGUGGCCUCCAAGUUCAUGCCGGUUUCCAGCCUCAUUAUUGGGGUGGAUUUGGUCCCCAUUAAGCCCAUCCCCAACGUGGUGACGCUGCAGGAGGACAUCACCACGGAGAAAUGUCGCCAGGCCGUGCGCAAGGAGCUGCAGACGUGGAAGGUGGACGUGGUGUUGAACGACGGGGCCCCCAAUGUGGGGGCCAGCUGGGUGCAUGACGCAUACUCCCAAGCCAACCUGACGCUCAUGGCCCUGAAGUUGGCCUGUGAAUUCCUUUCCAAGGGCGGCUGGUUCAUCACAAAAGUCUUCCGCUCCCGCGACUACCAGCCCCUCCUGUGGAUCUUCCAGCAGUUGUUUCGCAAGGUGCAGGCCACCAAGCCGCAGGCCUCCCGCAACGAGUCGGCCGAGAUCUUCGUCGUCUGCCAGGGAUAUCUGUCCCCAGAUAAAAUUGACAGCAAAUUCUUUGAUCCCAAAUUUGCCUUCAAGGAAGUUGAGAUUCAGGCCAAAUCUGUGAGCGAGCUGGUGACCAAAAAGAAACCAAAGGCGGAGGGAUACGCAGAAGGUGACACGACGCUCUAUCACCGCUUCACGCUGAUGGAUUUCCUCAAGGCCCCCAACCCUGUGGAUUUCCUUUCCAAGGCCAAUGAGAUCACGCUGGGGGACAGCGAGCUGGAGCGGCACAGCGCCACCACCGAGGAGCUGCGCCAGUGCUGCCGGGACAUCCGCGUGCUGGGCCGCAAGGAGCUCAGGGCCCUGCUGAACUGGAGGACGAAGCUGCGUCGCUUUAUGGCCAGGAAGCUCAAGGAGCAGGCCAAGGAGCUGGACAUCAGCUUGAGCUCCGGCGAGGAGGAGGAGGGCGGCGAGGAGGAGGCCGUGAAGAUGUCGGGAGCAGCUGGGGAUGGAGCCGCAGAGGAGGAGGAGAUGGAGUUGAGGCUGGCGGAGCUGAAGGCAGAGGAAGUGGCUGAGCUGAAGAGGAAGAAGAAGAAGAUCCUGAAGGAGCAGCGGAAGCAGCGCGAGCGCAUCGAGCUGAAGAUGGACCUGCCCGGUGUCUCCAUCGCGGACGAGGGCGAGACUGGCAUGUUCUCCCUCCGAACCAUCAGCAAGACCCGGCUGCUGAACGAGGUGGCCAGGGGUGAUAUGGCGUCUGCGGAUGCCUUCCUGGAGGCGCCGCACGAGGACGACGACGUGGCCCUCUCUGAGCAGGACGACGUGGAUGACGUGUCUCUGGCCAGCGACCUGGGCUCGGACGAGCUAGCCGACAUCGAGGAGCGGCUGCAGGAAGCCAAGCGGGGGCUGGGCCCAAAGAGAGGGACCUUCCAGCAGGUGGCAGAGGAGGAGGGGGAGGAGAAUCCUCUGCUGGUGCCCCUGGAGGAGAAGUCGGUGCUGGAGGAGAGGCAGACCAACCUGUGGUUUGGGAAGGUGAGUUUUGCCGGCAUUGAGGACGAUGUGGACGAGGCCCUGGAGAUCAGCCAGGCGCAGGCGCUGUCCGAGAGGAAGGAGCCGCCGCCAGGGAACGUGAAGGGGAAGGGGCAGAAGAAACUGCCCCCAUCCCAGGAGGCAGCUGCAGUGGAGGUGGGGCCCAGGGCAGCCGUGGGGGCUGGUCCCAGCGAAGACCAGGGUGGGAGGAGCAGUGGCGAGGAGGACUCUGACAGCAGCAGCGACGAGGAGAGGGAGACGUCGCAGAAGGGAAGGAAGCGGGCGCUCGCUGAGCCAGGUGGCUUUGAGGUGGUGCCCAUUGAAGACCCAGUGAAGAGAGCCCGUAUCCUGGAUGCAGAGGGGCUCGCGCUGGGGUCUGUCAUUGCCACCUCCAGGAAAGCCAAGCGGGACCUGAUUGACAACUCCUUCAACAGGUAUGCCUUUAACGAGGAGGAGGGGGAGCUGCCCGAGUGGUUCCAGCAGGAAGAGCAGCAACACCGCCGGAAGCAGCUGCCUCUGGACCGGCAGACGGUGGAGGAAUACCGGCAGCGCUGGCGCCAGAUCAACGCCCGCCCCAUCAAGAAGGUGGCAGAGGCCAAGGCCCGGAAGAAGCGGCGGCUGCUGAAGAAGAUGGAGCAGAUGAAGAAAAAGGCAGAGGCUGUGGUGAGCACAGUGGAUAUUUCGGAGCGUGAAAAGGUGGCCCAGCUGCGCAGCAUCUACAAGAAGGCUGGCCUGGGGAAGGAGAAGCGGGAGGUCACCUACCUGGUAGCCAAGAAGGGGGUCGGCCGGCGUGUGCGGCGCCCCGCGGGGGUCAAGGGACACUUCAAGGUGGUGGACAGCCGCAUGAAGAAGGACAUGAGGGCUCAGAAAGGCAAAGAGAAGACGAGACGGCGCCGCAAGUGAGGACUCUGCCCCCGAGGGCUGGGCACGGCCGGCACCAUGCGCCAGGUUGGGGUGGCUGGACAGCCCACAUGCCAGCCCUGGCCCCGACACCGAGUGACUCUGGACAACCUGACCCUGUUCUGAGCCCCCGGCUCCUCAGCCAGAGGAGGAGGGAGUGACGCUCUGGAUCAUAAGAGGUCAUUUCCUGUUGACCAUGGAGCCACUUCCUGUCUGCAGCUUCACGGGAACUGGCCCUGCCAGCCUCAGCUUCAUGGCGCCACUGCCCUUCCCAGGCUUGCUGUGCGGCAGACGAUUGGUUAGCCCUGGUCAUGUGGCUUCUGUGUUGCCCACCCAGAAUUGACAGAUGUGAUGAGACUCCCCAGUGAGACGGCCGCAUUCUGUACACCCGCCUGCCAACCGCACCCCACUGCGGGCGUGUCCCGGUCUCCCACAGAGCAGGGCCAGGAGGUGAUGGUUGCUUUCAGCCAGGCGUCCUGGGCUGGGCCAACCCCUGUGCAGUCCGGCCUGGCCCAGAGCAGGGGCUUCCUGCACUGGUUGUAGACGGCGCCGGGGUUCGCUGGGAAAGCAGGAGCUAAAGCUGGGCAGGGGGAGGCGUCCCUGUCUCGGGCUUUCUCAUCUCCGCUGUCUGGUCUUCCGGGAGGGCAGCGGCUCUCCUGGCUUGCUCUGAAAUUAAACCCUGUUCUCUGGGCCUGUUUGCUGUUUCCCACGGCUUUGCUAGCCUGCCGCCAGGUUAGCUCUGGGGCUGGGUGUCUCUUUCGGCCUCCUGGCAGCAGGACGCUGGGGCAGCUGCCAGCAUAAGAUGCCCUGUGGCCUCUCCCCUUGGGGCUCUCUCAGCCCUGCCCAUCUCAAUAGGGGAAAGGGAGCUGAGCUGGGGACUUGAGAGAGAGGCCAGUGGGGUGCUAGCUACUGGGAUUGGGGAGGUCGGGAGGCCUGGGACAGAGGCCAGAACCCAGGCUCUGUCCUGCACCUGGCAUGGCACUAUUGCCAAGUGUGGGGGGGAAGGGCAGAGAUCUGUUUCUCCUGCUCCAGCCAGAGGCAUCAGUGUGGAGUUGAGGACAGGGUGGGAGGGAUGGUCUUGGGCUCUGUUUUGGUGUCUCUUCACUGAAACGACUCUGCCUCGUUCUCUCACCCAGCCUCUUGGCAGGUCCAGACUGGGACACCAGCUCAGUGAUGUGGGCCAUGUCCUAAAGCGCAUGGACACCAGGGUCCCUGCCCAGCUCUCAGGAGCCUGCACUGUGAGCUCCUGGGAGGCUGCCGCAGGAUUGUAGCUGGGUGUGAGAGCACUGUGGCGCAGCCACCCUUAAAUCAGGCAUUUCCCAAGUACCUGACUGUAACUAAUGGCUUUAACAGGGCUUUGUGGGUGGAGCUUCCUGAUUUCUUUCGUUUAAAAAAGCCCCUCAUUGGAACCCUACUGACCCUCUACACAAGUCAGCAGCAGGGUUGGAACCUUUAGACCAGCUGCACAGACCUGUCACUUCAGCCAGCGGAGUAGCUGAUGGCAGUAGAAGGCUGUUAUCCUCCAUGUAGACCACUCACUAGAGGGGAGAAAUGAGACUUCCCCCUUCAGCAGGGGGUUUCACAGCUGUUUGCCGACAGCAAUGGAAAAUGGAGACCGAGGGCGGUCAGGGUUCCAUUCCAGGUUCUGGGGGGAGUGUUCUCUAGUGGUUCUAGAUCUGUCCCCUCUGAUUUCUGCCACCGCCAGUCCCCACGUCUUCCUCACUUUUCUGUGUCCUGGUCACAGUUUCCUUCUCUUCCACGCUGCCUGGGCUCCAGCAGCAGGAGUGUUGAGAUCACAGUAGACACAUUUCAGGUGCCCAGCCACCACUGUGGUCUCUGGGGGCUGGAAUGAGAAGUCCUACUCCACCACUGGCACAUGCUCAGUCAUUCUGUGGGUUGGUGCACAAAGUCAGGCUGGCGGUAAGAGCUGGGAGAGCAGGGAGCAUGCUCAGGGCAGGGGCAAUGUUGGGAGAACUUAGCCGUAAAAUACUGACAAGUCUCUAUAAAGCAUGUGCAAACUGAAUGUUUUUUAGAGACUCAGAACUCGGCCAAAUUUUUACAUGGGGGUCAACGUCCCUGCUCCAAACCCAGAGCUCAGCAAAACACUGACACGAAUCUUUAACAAGGGCAAGUCACUAUGUUUUUCCAAAAUAGCUGAGCCAUGUUACAUGACACCAGACCAUAAAUAAAUAGACUAUGUGGCA